AUCCCAAAAUCUCGCGGGACUGAAUUCGGCGAGGGGUUGGAAAUUCUGUUCUGGAUGCAUAAAUUAUUUGCCCUCCUUUCUCCAUUAUUGAAACAUAAGGUCUCAAAGUCUGCCAAAAUUUUAAGAAGGGUCACCAAAUUUAGUAAGUUUCAGUGAGUUAUGGAGUAUGUCUCUCAGCUGAUUUGUAGAUGGAUGCAUGCAGUGAAAUUGCAUUAGCAGUUUCUUUCCAAGUCAUUAAGUUUGGCACUUUCUUAAAAUUUUGGUAGACGUUAAGACCUUAUAUUGAAAAACGACAGAUAAGGGCAAAUAAGUUGGUUAAAAAACCUCUCAAGAGGCUCUUUCGAAUACUACAUGUACUUUUUUCAUUGUUACGCUAUUUGCGUGAUUCCCUGGUUAAGAAAACUGAUAAGAAAGUCAUAUGACAGUUCUUUGAAAUUACAAUUAAAUAAUUCAGUUAAAUUUCUUUAAAAUCUCACUUUGUUGUGCCGAAAUCAUUACUUUACAAAUGCUUAUUUGCUUGCUUUAAAAUAAAUCAACUUUUAAUGGAAUAUUAAAAAGUUAAAUUAUCGUUAUUUCAUUAUCUAGUUUAUUCUUGGAUUUUAAUUCUUAUAAUUAAACAUUUCAUACUUUAGUUAUAAAUAAUUAUCAUGAAAGAGUAGUGUGCUCUAGUGGUGGCACUAGCACCAAGAACUUCAAAGAUGGUCUAAAUCUGAAAUAUUAAGACUCUAGUUUCAGGCUUUCUUUCUUUCACACACACAUAUUGAGAUUUCUGCUAUUCCACGAAGGAAGCUUAUAUCUCUAUUAAUCCACAAAUUUUCCAGGAUUUUGUUUAUCCAGGACAGCACAAAGACAACACAAUAGAUGGUUGUGCCAUCUAUGGACAGUUCGAGAGACAAUUUAGAACCAGGCCAGGAGCCGAAUAACUUCCUAGUCUGGCACCCCCAGAGGUAUCGUUUCACUUGGAGGACAUUGUGACCAUGAGCAUAUUUAACGUCGCACAGUCACCAUUAAUGACGACGGUGGGUCUUCGACCAGUGAGGAUCGAACCCGAGACCCUCCGGUCCCAAGUCCAAUGCCUUACGGAUCAGGCUACCAUGGCCCUUCAGGCUUUAUUUUGCAAAUAAAAAUACAGUCAAACCUCGCUAUCGCGACACCCGGACUUUACCACACUCCGGAUGUCACGUCAUUUUUUCAAAGUUCCGAACUUAUGCCAUAUAAUUUCAAUGUUAAGUGGCUCCGGAUUUUACGACAGUUUUUUUCGUGCAACUCCGGUUACGACGACGAUUCGAGCUGCGCAGACUGGAUCAAAUGUUUCUUUGCAAUCGAAAAAUGUGCAGUAACAUAAUGAAGACGUCUGGAAAUGUGUGUUGUAGGAACUUCUGACUCAGAUUAGAGAUUUGACCAGGCAUGACACCUCGAGAAUGGUGGGGGGCGAGUAGAUAAGUUCUGAAAGGUAUAGGUUUCAGACUUCGACAAGAGGGACAAUAGAAAGGAAUUCAAAGCAGGUGGAUUGCAAUACUGGACGAGGAAAGCAGCAAGAGAAGAAAAAGACCAUAGCCAUGUUAAGCUGUAGGUGGUCACAACAAACCUCUCCCAUGAGAGAAAAAGAUAUAAGGGGAUCCUCAUUAGAUUGAAAAGGAAAACACAACUCUUAAAGUGUAUAAAAAGAUUAGAAAGGGAAAGGUGGGGCUUAGCCAUCAAAACCUAAUCAAAUUGCGGACAAAAGUGAAAAGAGUUUUUGAAUUGGUCUCUUUCUUGCUGGUAAUUUCGUGGAAGAAGGAGUGUGACAAAUGUUAUUCAAAAAAUCAAACAUUUUAUUGGAAAGUGUUGUAUAAUUGAAAAAAAAAGAAAAGAAAAAAAGAAAUAAUAAUAAUAAGUAAAGGGUUCUUUUUUUUUUAUUAUUAAUUUUUGUUAUAUUCACCAGUAUUUCAAAUUUUCAAUAGUUAAAGCUAAUUAAAAAUAUAAACAAUUAAUUUCUUCAUUAAAUCUAAUUUUAUGGUUAACUAAUGUUUAAUUAUGACUUUUUAAAACUAUUUCGGUUAUGACGUCGCUCCGGCUUUGACGACACUUUGUUGACAGUCCCAAAGGUGUCGUGAUAACGAUUUCGACUGUAGCUGUUUGGAAUUCAAAUUUGGAGAGAAAAAAAAUGGGGGGAGGCUUCUGAACUUUCCUCCGAAAUUGCGGUAAAGGAAGCCUGAAAUUGAGAUUGAUUCCUCAACCUGUCUUAAGUUUGCUAAAGAUGGCAAAUUUGUAUUUUUAAGACUCGAGUCUCGAAGUUUUUUCUGGGAAGAGUUCCCCUUACCAUUAGUUCACCAUAGAUAGCCUAAACAUUUUUAAACCUUCAGCUUCCAAGAAUUCCCCGAGAAGAGCCCCUGAUCCUCCUCCCCCUUUCUCUAACUUUAAUAAAACUUAACACUGAUUUAAAAAAAAUGCCUUUGUAAAGCUGCAGUUUUUCAUUUACAAGGUUAGAGCCUCCUUCAAGUGGCCCAAUAAAUAGAUUAAAAUAAAGUCUUGAGCUUCCAAAAAUCCACCCUCCCUUUUUUUCUUCUAACUACUAGUCCCUGCUACUGCAAAUCAUUGUAAAUAGACCAAAAUAUUCAUUCACAUCAAAAAUGCUUUAUUUACAUGAUGAAAGUUUUAAAAAAAUCUAUUGGUUUUAAUAUUUCUUCUGUUAAAAUUUUAGUAAGAAGAUCUGUUGUUUCCUGGGAAAGUAGAUAAAGCUAUAAUAGUCAGUUUCAAGUUCAGACAGGAAUUAGCUAUGGAAUCUUGUCACGGUGACUGUAGUCACCAACCUUCAGCCUGCACACAAUCUUUAAAUGAAAUGCAGUUUGAAAGGGGCAUUUGGGGUGCUGCUAUGGAUGGUGAUGUUGAAAAAGUACAAGAAAUGCUAAGAAAAUCUAUUGAUCCUUCCAUGCGUGAUUCAUCUGGAUAUACAGCACUCCAUUAUGCAGCCAGGCAUGGAAAGCAAAGAGUCUGUGAAGUUUUGUUGAAAAGUAAUGCUAAUCCAAAUGCUCAAACUCCUGGAGGUGCAACGCCAUUACAUAGAGCUGCCUUUGCUGGCAAUGAUGUAAUAGUAAACAUGCUUUUGAAGUUUAAGGCAGAUCCUAUGUUGCGUGAUAGCGAUGGAAGAACAGCAUUGCAUAAGGCUGCUGAAGGACAACACAUUGAAUGCUGCAAACUUCUUUUAAAAUUAAACAAAAAUCUGAAAGAAGAAUUAGACAAAAGAGGGUUCCCUCCUAGUUACUAUGUUCAUCCAGAACAAGAGGAGCUAAAAAAACUCUUUUAUUAAUGUUGUAUGUAUAUUUUUUGUGUAAUAUUUUUAUGUCAAUAAAAAGUUAUUGAAACCU